AUGGGAACACCACGAUCUUUGGUCCUUCGUCCAAGCCCCUUGAUCAAGAUCCAAAAUACCAUGAUCGAUAAUUACCUCGAUCUUGAAUUCGUCUUGCACAUGCUAACAGGGUCUCCUACUAUAGCUAUCAACACCAGCCCCUUCACCAACCAUGGCACCACCGAUCCUUUUGCAAGUCAACGAAAGGGUGCCACGACUGGAUCGGGAUCUCGUAAGGGAUCAGAUGGAACGAGUCCAGCUUUAAGCCCUAUUAGUCCUACAGGAAGGAGGUAUUCUGGAGAGACGGGUGAUGAAUGGGGUAUGCACUUUCUUUCUGUAUCUCUUACAUGUAUCCUCUAUCCUUCUCAAUAUCAUCGCAGAUUACCAGGAGGCGAUACAUUGAAUUAACUCGUCCCCUACUGCAGACGCAAGCAAGACUCCACCCUCCCGCUUCCAACAACGAAAAGGUUCCAUCUACGCAACGCCCAACUCUCGCGAUUCACAUCUAGACCGCAACCACGAUCGUGACAGCAAGUAUCACGAGAAGCUUGCGGAGAAGGGAUGGGGCAAGAAGGAUCGAAGAGGCAGUAAGGCUUCAAAUUGAGUUUGACGUCCAUGAGGGAUCAAAAGGAGAUGUUGGAAUAUAGGAAAAUCAAGGAAGGAAAUUGUUUGUGAGGAUGGGAUCAAAAAUUGGUAGAUUGUUAAGGGUGUGGAAUUGUGGGUGGAUGGGCAUUUAUUGGACGUUUGGUUUUUGAUGGGCAAUUUUAUUGGGUUUGCGUUUGGG